AUGGGCUUCGAUCCAUUUCUGCAGCCCCAGAUCACGACUACAAUAUCCCCAGUCAGCAUGGGGCACGUCCGGAGGUUACAAGCAGUCAUGUCCAACUCCCCCGGCUCCUGCGUCGUCGUCGUCGCGGGUGGCGCAGUGUGGGUAAAUUUCGGCUUCAGCUCUGGUUUGGGAACAACCUCAUGGAAUCCGCUGGCGAUGGGUCGUUCGAAAAUCCUCUCAAGAUACGGACGCCAAAAGUUCAAGACGCUAGUCCCCAUGUCCAUCCCGUUUGCGUCUUCUUCCAAAUCUGUGACUUCUUCUGGAAUCACGGACAAUGGCAUCGGCAUCUGCUGGCCCCUCAUCCGGUCUUUGAUAUUUGAUUCCCCCGCCGAGCUCCAGUGUCUUGCGCCUUCGGGUUGA